AUGGGGGUUAAGUUCGAAAUCUUUCGAUUUUUUAAAUUAAAUUACUACGCAUUUUAUGUAAAGAAAGAAAAAGUUUAUACCUUUUUGCACACAACUGUAGCAUAUUCCCUAGUGGGGCUUAGCAUAUACCUAGGGUACUCCUUUUUCCACAUGUGGAAUGACGCAGUACAUUACUCGUACAAGCACUACAUAAGAAAAGAGAAGCAACGAAAAGAACUGUACGAAAAAAUUAGAAGUGCCAGGGAAAGGGGCUUAAUACCCAAGAGUCAAGUUGGCUACCCUAGUUAG